UCUGCCAGGGGUGGGAGAGUCCAACCAGCUUGGAGGAGGUGAGGGGAAGAUGCUUAGGAGUUCACUCCUAAUGAAAGGACUGCCAACCAGUCAGUCCCUCUAAGUCGUUUACUUUGCAGACCCCCUACCUGCUGGAACACUUAGGAAAGGACCCGGGCGACUCUAGACUAGAGGUGACAUGGAGGGAGCCUGGCUUCACUCCUGAAGAGAGUUUCCCAGUGGCGGAAGUGAGUUUGAAAUGCUUGCCCCGGCUCUGCCAUGAACAAACAGUUACCCGAAGGCAAGAUGACCCUGGAGCAUAGGAAUGUCUGUGUCCUGCUGCCCAACCGAGAUCAACUCAGGUUAAGCAUUGGGGUAAAAGCCACAGGAAGAGAGCUUUUCCAGCAGGUGUGUGACUUGUUAAGCAUUAAAGAACCCCACUUCUUUGGCCUGAGUGUUGUUCGAAACAAUGAAUAUAUAUUCAUGGACCUAGACCAAAAGCUCAGCAAAUACUUUCUGAAGGACUGGAAGAAAGAGAUAUAUAAAGGAAAUGAGAAGUCCAACCCUCCUUUUGUUGCCUUCUUCAGAGUACAAUACUAUGUGGAAAAUGGGAGAAUUAUAAGUGACAAGGUCGCAAGACGUCUAUACUACCACCACCUCAAGGAGCAGGUGCUGAGGUCCCAGUGUACCCACAAGGAGGAAGUCUACUUCCUGUUGGCGGCCUAUGGGCUGCAAGCAGACUUGGGCAACUACAGAGAGACCACGCAUGUGGGGAAAUAUUUUGAACCUCAUUCCUACUUCCCUCAGUGGAUUAUCACAAAGAGAGGGAGGGACUACAUCCUAAAACACGCUCCGGAGAUUCAUCGAGAGCAACAGGGGAUGACCACCAAAGAGGCCGUGUUGAAGUUCAUCAAGGAGUCCUGUCUUCUGGAAGAUGUGCCUGUUCAUUUUUUCAAGUUACAAAAGGAUAAGAAGGAAGAUCGACCAACAAUUGUCCUGGGUCUGACCCUAAAAGGAAUGCACAUUUAUCAGGAGGUAAACCAUUCUCGGCAACUUCUCUAUGACUUCCCUUGGUCACAUGUUGGAAAGCUGGCAUUUCUUGGGAAAAAGUUUGAGAUCCAGCCAGAUGGUUUGCCUUCUGCUCGGAAGCUGGUCUACUACACUGGCUGUCCGUUCCGCUCCCGGCACUUACUCCUGCUACUCAGUAACAGCCAUCGACUCUACCUGCAUGUCCAGCCAGUGCUGAAACAGAUCCGGCAGCUGGAGGAAGCAGAAGAGAAGAAGCGUUACCGGGAGUCGUACAUCAGUGACACCCUGGAGAUGGACCUCGACCAGUCAGACAAACACUCUCAUGGGAGUGGGAGCAGCAGAGGCAGUGGUCGGAACCACCACCGGCUCUCCCACCGCUCAACGGAUAGCCAUGGCAGCUCCCACACCUCUGGUAUCGAGGCUGACUCCAGACACCGUGUAUCCGUGGAGAUGUCUGUGGAUGAGCCCUUUGGCAUGGAGCUGGGCCACGGUAAAGAGAAGUCCUGCAACUCUACCACCAGCCACAGCAGCUCUGGCAUAGAUAGCAGCAGUAAAGGGAGAACUGAGGAUGAGGUGGAGGUGAUGGUGGAUGGGCCAGAGGAGGUGACAAUAGAUGAUCGGUUGGAGAAUAACCGAUUGGACAAGGCAACUGAAGGAGGAUCAGUGACUCCAUUUACUGUUGGGUUGCAUGGCUAUAAAGCCUCUCACCAGGAACCCUUUGCUGUGGUGCAGAUAACACUGGUCAAGAUGAGGGGUCAGAGUGUCGAAGCCCUUAACCAGCUCAGAGAGAUCAAAGCUAGGGAGUGCUCAGACCAGCACAGCCAGAGCCUGGAUGACGUCCGCCUUUACCAGCAGAGGCAUCCACCCCUGAGCGCCAAUCUUUCUUCUCCCACAUCUCACAGCUACACUUUUGGCUGUGCCCUAGAGGACAAGCUGUCUACUUAUGGCUGUGUAUACUCUACGGCCGACUGUAAGACCAAGUCUGCCCUCUAUGGGAAGAGAUCUAUGAACUGCCUCUCCCUGGAUCUUCUGGGAGAAGACCAGGUCCCAGAAGAAUUUGUAGUCUAAGCCAAGUUGCCACAGUGUGGAGGUGGUUUGUGGUAUUGUAGCCUAUGAGAGAAAAGAGAAGAGGUCACCUCAGGUCUUGUGGAUAACUGUAAAAAUAAAUCAUCUUCCUCACUGAGGGAGAGCGUGACAUGGUGCUCACCUUCGCCAAGACAACCAGAGUGCACAUGAUUCACAGAACAAAUUUUGGCACCAGUCCCUCCCUGACCUGGACACUGCCCCAACAGUUUAUUCCAAUUCCUUAAGCAGCCUCCAGACUGCCAGGCGGAAGGAGCCAGGCAUACACAAACCCUCCAUCUGGUGUCAGCAUUCAUCAGUAUCUUCUACAGCGUUCCAGGAAAAGAGCAAAUCUCCAUCUGAACUUUAAAUACCUUUUGUAUGUGGUGUAUUAAUGUUUUCUGGACGGGUCUUGAAGGUAACUGGGCAAUUCAAAUCAAUAAUCAUUCAUUAAACACCUAUAACAUGCAAGACAUUGUACUAGGCACUGGAGCUGAAGACAAAAACUGAAACAGUCCUUGCCCAUUAGGAGCUUGUGUUCUCCUGCACCACAAUAGGUGCUUUGGAUUCAGUUGCAGUGGUGUUCCGGUCCUUCCAGAUAUAUCAUGAAACCAAAUUCUAGGUUCCCACUGGCAACAGAGCCUGAGUGACUUCUUCCUUAAUUUCUCUCUCUCUUGCCUUAUGAUCAACCAAGGAGGGGGGUAAGUUUCUUAGGAAAAUCAAGAACUUUUCACCCUUGAGGAUACUUAGUCUUUAGAAAGUGAGGGGGAAUGGAAGAGAGUAGCAUAAGGCAAGAAAUGUGUCAACAAUGAUGAGUGUUAGGCUCAUAAUGAAAAGCCCUGGGAUCUCAGAGCUUCAUCUCUGUGCCCCUAACUCACUGAGGCUAGCCAGCUGGGUAGCUUCUGUACCACUGAAGAUUUUCCAUUUAAUGACUGUAGAAGGUCGGCUGUGCUUGAAUGGAAAGAGUCCUGCAAUUAUACAUUUAAACCGUAACCCAAGUUUGACUUCAGGAAUGCAUGUUUUGUUUGCAUGGAUCCUGUUCUCAAGAGAGCGGGAAGGUUGGUUACCCUCCCCAGGAAGGGUCCCAAAUCAGAUUUUGCUGUUGCUUAAAAGCAUGCAUCAUGGUGUUUGCUGCAGGGGGCCAUUCAAGCUUACUGGUUCCAUUUCAAAUGACUUCUUUGAAACCCAAAUCUCUCAAUUUUGUAAUAGCCUAGCAUGCAUUAUGAAAUCUCAAAGUUCCUUCAACCAUCUAUGCCAAUGCAAAGACAGGCAGGCAGAGUCUAGCACCCAAUGAGCACUUUCUAUUCCACCAACAUCUGUCAAGAGGCAUUGAUUGCACCCAAACUUGUUUUUUCACGUUUGAGGACCAUGACAGGUUAUUGGACAAGACACCAGUGUAGUUCUUGACCAUAAAGUUAACCUCCCAGGAUUUUCUGAGCCCUUUAAAGUGAUAACAAGUAAAUGAGAUCAAACUAGACAUUGUACUGAGUCUCCUAAGCAGAAAAUUCUUAGAGAAGCCUAUGCAACUUUGUUAGUAAUUAGGCCAUUCUGUACAUCCAUCACUCUAAUAAAUAACUUUUCUUUUUUCCCUCUCUUCUUUCUUUUCUCCAUUCUUCUUUCCUCUCUUCCUCCAUCCUUCCCUUCCUCCUUGCCUCCCUCCUUUUCUCUCUCAUUUCCAACAGAUUUGUUGAAAUAAGAUAAAGUUCCUUAUAAACCUAUCCAACAUCCUGAUGGUCUGUGAAAUGGAGGCAGGCCUGUGGAAUUUCCAGCUUUGUAGUCAUUAAGUGUGUGUUAUUAAGAAGUUAAUAGAAGACUCCUGGGAAAUUCCAGCUGCCAUUCACCAGCUGGUUUUGCCACAGCUCCUGCUUUGCGGUGGAACAUUGAAUGAGUUUAGGGUCCGAACACAGACUCCUCGAGCUGGGGAAGCUGGCCUUUCUACAGCCACCAUUGCUGGCUCCAUACACGUAUAGACAAACUGAGUAAUUUCCUAUCUUCUCACUGCCUUCUUUACCCUCCGAUACCUACGUGCUCCCAGUUCAGCAAUUCUUAACUUAAAUGAGUUUAUCUCUAGGUCAAGUAGUUUGUUGACAGUUAUCUGCUAGGACUUCCAAUUAUUCAUGUGGUAGAAUUUCUUGGAAAACUUCAAUGGUCAGAGGUGACUACAAAUGAUGAAUUUGCUUCCUUGAGUUACAGUCACUAUCAAGGAAUUAGCUAACUAGGCAAUAACACGCAGUUCAUCUUAUACAUGGGCAGGAAUGGGGUGAGGGCUGGCAGGCUGGAGGAAGGCAGUUCUUUCUACUUUGGGGUUCAGUAUGGCACCAUCAAUCAUGAGGCAUUAGAACUGUGCCUCUAUGCAUAGAGAGUCCCAGGGAUUCUCCUGCUAUUAAUUACUGUACUCCUUCAGUCUCCCAGUAGCUUCAAAGGGUUGUACCCCUUCUCCCUCCCCAGUUCGUGAUAAAAAAGAAAACAUUCUCUCUCCGACUUCGCUACAGGCUUUCCUCUGAGAGUAAGCCAGACUCGGUUACAGGUGGACUUACUCCCGAUGUCAUCCAUCAACUUGUCAUCAUUUGGGUAUUUGCUGUGUUGGCCUUUAAAAGGCAUGGAUCAUUUUAAUAGACAGGCCUGUCUGCGUCACCUGAUGGGAAAGUGGAGCCUUGCAUUUAUUUGUGUUCUUUCCUGGAAGGACACUGAAAGGAGGUGAUUUUCCACGUACUUAUUCAGGGCUCCUUCAAAGAGCAGGAGCAACGUGACUUCUGCUGCCUGUCUUCAGAGUAGCCCCUUCUGCUUGCUUUUAAGUAGAGCUCUGAUGGAGGAAUGCUGUACUUUGAGUUACGUAGCAGGGAUUUCAUGCUGGUGGCCCGUGUAUAUUUUUUAUUUAUUUGUAAUUCCCCUUGGGCUGUUGUCCCCUCCCUCCGCAUCACCACAGAGAUACUCUCACCCCACUUGUACUUUGAAUGAGAAAGAUAGUACUCAUUUUUGUUUAGACAGAAUUGACCUAUAUUUUAUAUUCCUAAAGUAUUAAUAUUGAAUCACUGUGAAACCAUUCUUAUGCAAGGUUUUUGUAACCAUGGGACAUUAUUAUCUUUAUUAGUGCUAUAUUUUGUAUCUUGAUUAUACCUGGUUCACAUUAUUCAUAUUAAAGCUUUUUGUGGGGGGAGGGGGUGGGCAGGGCAGGCAUUUAAUACACAGUAUUCUGGAUGGCUUAUACUGCUGUGCUAUCUUCACAGACUUCUCUGUACUGGAAAGUGUUGCUUCUCCUUUCUGUGAAAGGAAUCUUUGUAUAUACCAUGCACAUGUAAUAAAGAAGUGAAAAAUGU